UAUGUGUCCCUCGGAACAGUCGUUGUAAAAACUAGGAUUAAUUUUUUGUAUUUUAAUGUCAGUCCAGAGUGUGCGUGAGUGACUGUGUAUGUGCUGAAGAUAAUGAGUGUGUAUCUUCUGUUACUCUUACUGGCUUUGCUGAUCCACGAUGGGAAUGCCAAACCUGAAUCGCAAGGCUGCAACAACCCAGAUGCUGAGAGAGUGGCAGAAGAGGCCCUGGAGCAGAUCAACCAGGACAGGACUGAUGGAUACAUCCUGACUCUCAACAGGCUUUAUGAUCUAUCCCACACACCGAAGCAGGAGAAUGGUGGCUCAGUUUACAACCUAACUAUUGAUGUGCUGGAGACGCAAUGCCACAUUGUCAGCAGAAAACCAUGGAAGCAAUGUAAAGUCAGAGACAUCUCAGAUAUUCCUGUAUACGGAGAAUGCCAGGUAUCUGUUCAAGUUGAUGCUCAGGUCAAACUUGAAAGCUACUCUUGUUCCCUUCGAGAAGUUGCAGCUACUUCUAUCGUGCACCGGUGCCCGGAUUGUCCCACAGCCGUCAACUUGAAUGACCCAGUAAUCAAGGAGACGGCCAAGCUCUCUUUGCAGAAGUUUAAUAAGGAGAGUCGACUUGCCAACUACUUUGCUUUAGAAAACAUUACAAAAGCCAGCUCACAGUGGGUUGUUGGACCAGCUUACUUUGUAGAGUUCACUGUUCUGGAAACAGAGUGUUCAAAAGAAACUGAUGUCAGUGAGCUGAAUAAUUGCAGACCAAUGAACUGUCAGUUUGCACACAAGGGGUUCUGUACAGGCUCACAUGUGACUUUGGAGGAAACAUUUAAUUCUGGGAGCCCUGUUGGAGACCCUGAAAGCUUCUUUCGAAAACACGAAUCUGUUGAUGUGAAAUGUGAGAUUUAUGAACCACAGGCUUCCACUGUGGAGGAGCAGGCCCAUGCCCAAGCAGCUAGUGGGCACCCAGACAAUCAUCACCACAACCACACACACCUGCAUCCUCAUGAGCAUGUCCACUCUGUUUCAAAAGCCACAAACAUCACUGUUUCGAAGCCAAAAGGCCAACUUGGCAGGACUGUGUUUGAGCUGGCCACUCCCAGAUCGGCUCCAAGUGCCAGUUCCUGUCCUGGUGCUAGAAGACACGCUUUACAUUUAGACAGUCCUUUCCUCUGAUUACUGGGAUUGGUCUUUGUUUGGUAACUCUAGCUACAUCUUUUACAUCUGCUGGAAUACUUAAGACUGACGUGAAGGGCUGUAACUAAUGAUUUUGGAUGAUACUGACCCCAGUUAUCGGGCCUUAUUGUAAGACAGUGCAUUUCACUGAUCACCUGA